GGAAAAUAAAAUCCUGAAACAAUUGCAAUUCGCGGACUCAGCAUAGCAUAGCCCACCGCUGAGAAAAUCAAAGCGCUGUCGUUUCGAGAGAGAGAGAGAGAUGGCGGAAGAGAAGAAUGAUAACGAGACGACGGAGAAUGUGGUUUCCGAAGCGGAGGCGCUGCCGAAGGCUAUCGUGCGCCGGGUGGUGAAGGACAAGCUUUCCCAGCUCUCCACCGGCUCCGAGAUUACCGUUCUCCGCGACUCGUUCCUCGCCUUCUCUGAGAGCACGCGCAUCUUCAUCCACUACCUCUCCGCCACUGCAAAUGACAUAUGUAAGGAGUCAAAAAGAAAUAUGAUCAAUGCAGAAGAUGUAUUCAAGGCCCUGGAAGAGAUAGACUUUCCAGAGUUCAUUGGGCCUCUGCGGGAUUCUCUUGAAGAGUUUAGACAACGGAAUGCCGGGAAGAAGCAGUCUAAGGCAAAAGAAACAAACACGAAUGCAAAACGGAAAGAGCCACCCCCAUCUGAACCCAGUGAAGGUCGAAACAAACGACAGGUGGUUGAAAAUGAGGACGAGGAUAACUCAGACUGAGGCAGGAUUUUUGCUCACCUCUACCACAAGCAAGAUUAGCAUAGUGUUGCUGAUCCUCUUCUAUACUUCCAACAUCAUUCUUUGUUGAGGAAUUAUUUAAAUCACAACACCCUGCUUUGCCAUCUUGUGCUAUUUGUUUUCAGAUUUGUGUAUGUGCGUAUGUUGCUGGUAGAGGUGAGCAGCAUACAGUUUUUAACCUUUUCAGCUAUUGAAAUUAAUUUAAGAUUA